CUCGGCGGCCCACUGAUGAGAAGCCCUAUACUCCAAGUCUCCAAUUCGUAAAUUUCGUCCAUGGAUGCAUCCCCUUCCCCUGGAGAGGAGGUCCUCCCGUCGCCGGCGAGGCGACAGAUGAGAUGAGCCUCUCCGCCACCUUCCGGGUCGCCAAAAUUCCCCGCACCACCCUCCCUCCAAAGUCUUGCAAGGCCACCCCCUCCUCGGUAUCGGCCUCCUCCGCCCCCGCGUCCGGAGAUCCACCGCCCAAGGCCGCCAAGAAGAAAAAGGAGGCGGCGCCGUGGUGCGUCUACCUCAUCUCCUCCUCCCGGGCCCCUCGUACAUACGUCGGCGUCACGACUGACUUCCCUCGGCGCUUGAGACAACAUAAUGGCGAGUUAAAAGGUGGUGCCAAAGCCUCUUCUGCUGGAAGGCCAUGGAAUCUCGCAUGCCUUGUCGAAGGCUUCACGAACAGAAGUGAAGCAUGCGAGUUUGAAUCGAAAUGGAAGAACAUCUCCAAGAAGAUGACACGGAAGAGGAGUGAGCCUGGCAUGAAUGCAGUAUUGCAGCACCGGGAAGUGGCAUUGAGCAGAGUAAAAACCUUUCUGGAUUGCAACCACCUCAACAUCAAAUGGCACUCAAGCUGAGGCCGUUUCUCCAAUUUUUGUAUGUACACAUGUUUUACUAUGCAAGAAAUCAUCCAUUAACUUACGAAGUUGGCGAGGUUUUUUUGUAGAGGCUUUUCUGCUUCCAUGGUUUUGUACAAAAAAGGUUCCCAUGUCUUGCAGCUCAAAUGAGCAUGCAUGACACAUUCAUCUGCUAGCCAAAUGAUCAUGCUGGCAAUUGUCUUUGCUAAGAAGGCACCUGAAUCGAGUGAGCUGGUGAUUGCAAUUUUUUUUGUACGUGCUCUUUAUUGACAGCAUCAGGCAUUGUUUAGCCUGGGUUGGAUAAGAAUGGUGUAAAAUGUAUUUUUGUAUAA